GGACAAUGGUCAGUCUGGAACGCUUGGUCAUCCUGCAGCAAAACCUGCGGCCAGGGAGGUUUGCAGUCAAGGUCGCGUGCUUGCUCGGGUGACGAUGAAUCGGUCAGUGAGUACAUGUGCACCGGAGUUGCCCUUGAAAGAAUGCCAUGCUCCAAGGUCAUGCCCGAUUGCCCGAUCAAAGUUGUAAACGGCGGCUGGAGUAGUUGGAGCGAAUACGGUCCUUGUGACGUCAUCUGCGGUGUCGGUACGAAAUACCGAACUCGACAGUGCAACAACCCAUCGCCAUCUUUUGGCGGGAAACCGUGCAGCGGUCUUUCAGAAGACGAGGCUCCCUGCAAAACUGUCGAGUGCUGUAAGUUCCCACGUUUUGUUUUUUAA